AUGAAACUGUUUAUUUUUGUAGCCUCCGUACUCCUUCUAAUACUGCAAGUUCAGAGUGAGCUGCUAGAGAGAGAUAAAUCACUAUACCAGCAAGAAAAUACGAUCAGCAUAUUUCAAAUCAACUAUGAAUGAUAUUUCAUAGUUAAAGACAAAUGAUUCGGAGUCAUAAUCGGAUCAGAAGAAGAAAAUGAACUCAUAGACAUGAGCUCUCUCUAUCCUUCAUUUAAGGAAAUUCUUGGAAAUUCCAAGAUAAACACCACAAAGGACUUCAAACAAAGCUAUAAAAAGCUUAUAAACUCAAUAGCCUUACCUCACCAAUGUCUGAAGCAACAGUCAUUUUCUAAAAUUUCUGAGGAAGACGUCAUCGCAUUAUCACCAAGCCUCAAAUUUACCUUCAAUAGCAUGAACUGUAAAAACCCAGGAGGACAGCCUGUUUCACCAAAUGCUGAAAGAAAGCUUACCACAAUAACACCAGAGUCUGAUGAUUACCCUGUCUUAGAAGGUUUAGCAUACACAAUAAUAGGCCUUACAUGCGUGGCUGGGUUGAUUUAUUACAUCGGAUAUAUAGUGAAGGGAUUCGAUGCAACUCCGUUCUGGAUUUUACUUCAUUUCAUCCAACUCAUUUACCUCAUGAUCAUGCUUGAAGUAGACCAGCCGGCCAGCCUUGUCUUCUUCCUAGACAAGCUAGAGCCUUGUAAACUUGAUCUCAACUUCAUUGACGAGUUCACUACCAUCAGAGAUGAGGUCAGAAAAGAAGUAAACUUCAUGCCUGACAGACAAGAUUUCAGAAAAAUAGCUUGGGAUUAUGGAAGCGUAUUAGUAAAUCUAGCUUUCUACGCAAGGAUUAUCUGAACAAUUAUAAUACUCCAUGCUGUACUAAAGAUUACUCAAUGAUUCGCUAAUGCCAAGAAUGAGCACAACGGAUUCUUCAAAGGUGUAAACGUUCUCAAGAAGCAUAUUAGCAAAGAUUUCUACAUUAGAUACUGAAUCGAGAUUACUCUAUUCCUCUGGACAGCUGUAUUCAUUGAAUUUAUGUCAACACCAAGAGAUUCAAGCUUGGUUAAACUUUCCUUGGUGAUUGCAAUAAAUAUCCUAUGAUUCUUGGUCUACUUUACCUUCUCAUUUGCAUUCGCCCUCUAUGCUAAGAAUACCAAUGAAACUUAUAGAGGAUAUUUUUAUACUUUCUUCUUGAUGAAGAGGGGAAUCAUACCUAUCUGACUGAUCACUCUUGCUUAUGCAUCUAAAGAAUGGCAAUUGGGCAUUUUAUGGGCAGUACAGUUGCUAUUCUUAUGUAUUGAGAUACUUUCCGUAUUUAAAAACAAACCAAAAUAUUCUAAAGAAAAAUAUCAUAUAAUGCAGUGUUUGAUAACAAGCUUAUUAUCAAUAGGUUGAAAUAUAUUAUUCCUCAUUUACUUAUGUCUCAACUUUAUCUUCAUAUCAAAAAACAUCAAUGACUCAGAUAACAUUGGAGAAUCUAUUGCUAUAACUACAAGCUGUUUUAUUAUCGCCCCUACCAUCCUCAUCACCCUUCUCGGCAUUUUUAGACUCUUCAUCACUCCCUCACCUACUCAAGAGCCCUCUUCUGACCACUCUGAAAUCUCUGCUGACUCUCACUCCAGACCCCAAAUUUCCACAUCAAACCCUCCCAAAAACUCUGAACUUCCUUCAACCCACAACCACACCCCCAAACCCUCCCAUCCAGAUCCUUCCCAUUCAAACAGCCACCCUUCAAACUCCUCAGAAGAAGACACAUAACUCU